AUGAAGUAUUUUUUAGUCGUUCUGAGUCUCAUUUCGGCAGCUUUGGCAUCGGAGAUUGACAACGAAGUUGGUCCAAAAGGAAAAAUUGUUGGCGGAGUUGAUGCCAAGGAGAACGAAUUCCCGUUUAUUGCAAGUUUGACCAAACGUGGGAGGCAUUUUUGCGGCGCUUCUAUCGUAAAUGAGAGAUUUUUACUCACCGCGGGACAUUGUUUAUGCAGCGGCACCAACAAAAUCAUGAAACCCACAUCAUUCAAAGCGACAAUCGGCUUGCAUCGUCAACCGUUGUUCCCAAAGUCUUCCGAGCCAUAUCAAGUUGCUAUCAAGUCAAUUACCGUUCAUCCGCAAUACGUUUGUAGCGACGUACAGAACGACAUUGCCCUUUUAGAGCUUCAAGAACCCUUGAAAUUAACAAAUUCUGACCAAUCGUGCUGUUUACCGCCGCAAUCUGCAUCCAUCACGGACAACGAUAAUCGAUCUGUGACAGUCAUGGGUUGGGGAUGGGACAACGAAGACGUCACAAUCGGUCAAAAACCCGAAAUUCUCCAAAAAGCUGCUGUCACCGUCAUCAGCAACGAAGAAUGUCAAAAAUCCUACGCGGCAAAUAACCGCCAAAAUGUCAUUAGUGCGACGCAACUUUGCGCGGGAAAGCUCGAGGGAGGCACAGAUGCAUGUUGGGCUGAUUCCGGAGGUCCCCUGAUCGACGAAAAUCGGAUUUUGAUUGGAAUUGUGUCGACAGGCGUCGGUUGCGGGCGUGCUGGAUUGCCCGGAAUUUACACGAGAGUCAGUCAAUUCACUUCGUGGAUCAAUGACGUCGUGAAAUUAUGACGAGAAAAGUCGGUCAAAGUCAUCUGCGAGACAUGAAAACGGAGUCAAUGUUGAUGAUAUUUACUUUAGCUAUCAACUGCCACAGACUGUGAUAAAAUAAAUUGUUUAAACAGAAAUGUCUGUUUUUUGUCACGAAACAAUUGAUGGGAAAUUGAUUGAUUUCCUGAAGUAGUUUUCCUAUGAAAAAUUUUCGAUGCAGGUCGAAGGUAAAGGAAAUAAUUCUAAUUCUAAU